AAGAUAGGAAAUGUGUCAAGUUACGACGAUAACGUUGAUGAAAGAAGGAAGGUGAUAGUGUGGGGGGAGUCAGUUUGGGAAAGACCGCAGAACGGUCACGUAAUCACACAAGCGGAAAUAGAGCAGCUAGCAAAAACGGCCGUUCUAAAGGACAAAGAGGGUAUGUAUCAGUAUGUUGUAACCUUGAUUGCUGAACUAAGGUCGAAAAUUUGCGCGGCAUGUGAAUAA